UUGAGAGAGGUGAAGAAUGGGAAGCAGCAGCGAAGAGACGCCAGUGGUUCUCAUCACAGGAUGUUCUCAGGGAGGAAUCGGCCACGCGUUGGCGCGUGAGUUCUCGGCGAAUGGUUGUCGUGUGGUGGCGACGAGUCGAUCGCAGAGUACGAUGACUGAAUUGGAGAAAGAUCCGAAAUUCUUUGUGCAAGAGCUCGAUGUUCAGUCGGAGCAGAGCGUGAGUAAAGUUGUGUCGAAAGUUAUCGACAAAUUUGGUCAGAUCGAUGUUCUGGUAAAUAACGCCGGAGUUCAGUGUAUCGGACCUUUGGCCGAGAUUCCAAUUUCAGCCAUGGAAAACACCUUCAACACCAAUGUGUUCGGUUCCAUGAGGAUGACUCAAGCUGUUGUACCUCACAUGGCGUCUAAGAAAAAGGGAAAGAUUGUCAACAUAGGAAGUAUUAGCAUAAUGGCACCAGGACCAUGGGCUGGGGUUUAUACUGCAUCAAAAGCUGCUCUUCAUGCUCUUACCGACACAUUAAGGUUGGAGCUUAAGCCAUUUGGGAUUGAUGUAAUCAACAUUGUACCAGGAGGUAUUCAAUCAAACAUAGCUAACUCAGGGAUAUCGAGUUUCAACAAUUUACCUGAAUUGAAACUAUACAAACCAUUCGAGGACGCUAUCCGUGAGAGAGCGUUUCUGUCACAAAACAUAAAGCCAAUACCCACAGAGACAUUUGCCAAAGAGACUGUUUCCGUGGUGCUGAAGAAAAACCCACCGGCUUGGUACUCUACAGGAAGGUUAUCGACCGUCAUGGCGAUCAUGCACCAUAUGCCGAUUUUCAUGAAAGAUUUUCUGCUUACCAAGAGUUUUAUGAAAAAGGGAGCAAAACCUGAGUAGUAGUGUUCUUGGUUAAAAGCAACUGUUUGAAUGUAUCCAACAAGUAAAUGUGUUGCCUAACCAUUUUACAAUUUAUAGUAAAGGAUUAAUCACGGU